CCUGUACUGAGAAGACUGGCUCAGGGGAAAGAGAUCCAGUGGGGACUUCAGCCACCCUAGUGCUGGGAAAGGGGGCUUGCCUGUGGGGCGAAGAGGAGGAGGGGGGGCAAGGCAAGCCUGGCUGAAGUAGGCAACUGAAAGAGGGUGAGCCAUCAUGGAGCCCACUUCUGCCCAGGAUGACAACCAGAAGAAAAAGCAACAGAAGGAGAAAGCUAAGAAAGCAGCACUGGAACUUCCCCCCAGACCUCCCCGGUCUCUGCUCUGCCUCACCCUCAAUAACCCAGUGCGCAAGGCCUGCAUUGCCCUUGUGGAAUGGAAGCCCUUCGAGAUCAUCAUCCUACUAACUAUCUUUGCCAAUUGUGUGGCACUGGCUAUCUACCUGCCCAUGCCUGAAGAUGAUACCAACAAAGUCAACACUAGACUGGAGAAGCUGGAAUACUUCUUUCUGAUUGUAUUUGCCAUUGAGGCAAUGCUAAAGAUAAUUGCCUAUGGGUUUUUAUUCCAUGCAGACGCCUACCUCCGAAAUGGCUGGAAUGUACUGGAUUUUACCAUAGUCUUUUUGGGAGUCUUAACAGUGAUCUUGGAGAGAAUCAGCUUAAUUGAGGGUGCGCUUCUCAGUGGGCAGGGAGGUUUUGACGUCAAAGCUCUGAGGGCCUUUCGUGUGCUGCGGCCUCUACGCCUGGUGUCAGGAGUACCAAGCCUGCAAGUGGUACUGAACUCUAUCAUCCAGGCUGUGUUGCCACUGUUCCACAUCGCUGUGCUUGUUGUCUUCAUGCUCAUUAUAUAUGCCAUUGUAGGGCAGGAACUCUUCAAGGGCAAGAUGCACAAGACCUGCUAUUAUGUUGGAACAGACAUCAUUGCUACAGUGGAAAAUGAAAAGCCAUCUCCAUGUACAAGCACAGGCCACGGACGCCAUUGCACUAUCAAUGGCUCUGAGUGCAGGGGCUGGUGGCCAGGACCUAAUAAUGGCAUCACCCACUUUGAUAACUUUGGGUUUGCCAUGCUGACUGUCUACCAGUGUAUCUCCAUGGAAGGGUGGACUGCAGUCCUCUAUUGGGUAAACGAUGCCAUUGGGAAUGAGUGGCCCUGGAUUUACUUUAUCAGUCUCAUCUUACUUGGGUCAUUUUUUAUCCUUAACUUGAUCCUGGGUGUGCUCAGUGGUGAGUUUACCAAAGAGCGUGAGAAAGCCAAAUCACGGGGUACCUUCCAAAAACUGAGGGAAAAGCAACAAUUAGAGGAGGACAUGAAAGGCUACAUGGACUGGAUCACCCAUGCGGAAGUCAUGGAAUAUGAUCGGGCACAUGGUGAAGGGAUGAUGCCAUUGGAUGAAGGUGGCUCAGAGACAGAGAGCCUGUAUGAAAUUGAGGGAAUGAAUAAAUGGAUUCUCUUCUUCCGACAUUGGCGGCGGUGGAACCGUCUUUUCCGCAGGAAAUGUCGUGAAGUGGUUAAGUCCAAGUUUUUCUAUUGGUUUGUGAUCCUGAUUAUUGCUUUGAACACCCUCGCAAUAGCCUCUGAGCAUCACUACCAGCCUGCCUGGCUGACUAGCGCCCAAGAUAUUGCCAACCGGGUGCUGCUGGCCCUCUUUGCAAUUGAGAUGAUUCUGAAAAUGUAUGCCCUGGGCCUGCGUCAGUACUUCAUGUCCCUAUUCAACCGCUUCGAUUGCCUUGUGGUGUGCACUGGCAUCCUGGAGAUUGUCCUGGUGGAAAUUACUUCCAUGUCACCACUGGGCAUCUCUGUUUUGCGGUGCAUUCGCCUACUGAGGAUCUUCAAGAUAACCAAGUAUUGGACCUCUCUGAACAACUUAGUGGCAUCGUUGCUGAAUUCAGUGCGCUCCAUUAUCUCUCUCCUUACUCUCCUCUUCCUCUUCAUGGUCAUCUUUGCCCUUCUAGGGAUGCAGCUCUUUGGAGGGAAGUUUGAUUUUGAUGAUACGGAGAUACGGCGUAGCACCUUUGAUAACUUCCCCCAGGCUCUCAUCAGUGUCUUCCAGGUCCUGACCGGAGAAGACUGGACUUCUAUCAUGUACAAUGCGAUAAUGGCCUAUGGCGGGCCAUGCUACCCUGGGAUGCUGGUCUGCAUUUACUUCAUUAUUCUCUUUGUCUGUGGGAACUACAUCUUACUUAAUGUCUUCUUGGCCAUUGCUGUGGACAACCUUGCUGAGGCUGAAACUUUAACUUCUGCCCAGAAAGCCAGUGCUGAAGAAAAGAAGAGAAGGAAAAUGGGCAGAGGUUACCCUGAGAAAUCUGAUGAGGAAAAACUGCUGCUGGCUAAGAAGCUAGAACAGAAAGCCAAGGGAGAAGGAAUCCCCACCACAGCCAAGUUGAAAGUGGAUGAGUUUGAAUCAAAUGUCAAUGAGAUCAAGGACCCCUAUCCUUCUGCUGACUUCCCAGGUGAUGAUGAGGAAGAUGAGCCUGAAAUCCCACUGAGUCCUCGGCCACGUCCCCUAGCAGAGCUGCAGCUGAAGGAGAAGGCAGUCCCCAUGCCUGAAGCCAGUUCAUUCUUCAUCUUUAGCCCAACCAACAAGAUCCGUGUACUGUGCCACCGAAUCGUCAAUGCCACCUGGUUCACAAACUUCAUCCUCCUCUUUAUCUUGCUCAGCAGCAUCUCACUGGCAGCUGAAGAUCCAAUACGGGCUGAUUCCUUCAGGAACCAGAUCCUAGGCUAUUUUGACAUUGGCUUCACUUCUGUGUUCACAGUGGAAAUAGUUCUAAAGAUGACUGCUUACGGAGCUUUCCUUCACAAGGGGUCCUUCUGCCGCAACUCCUUCAACAUAUUAGACUUGCUCGUGGUAGCUGUUUCCCUCAUCUCUAUGGGAAUUGAGUCCAGUGCUAUCUCAGUGGUGAAAAUCCUAAGGGUACUCAGAGUACUGCGACCACUGAGAGCCAUUAACAGAGCAAAGGGGCUAAAGCACGUAGUCCAGUGUGUUUUUGUGGCCAUCAGCACCAUUGGCAAUAUUGUACUUGUCAUGGCAUUGCUACAGUUCAUGUUCGCCUGCAUUGGAGUGCAGCUUUUCAAGGGGAUGUUCUACAGUUGUACAGAUCCAACAAAGAUGACCGAACAGGAAUGCAGGGGACAUUUCAUUACGUUUAUCGAUGCUGAUCCAAACCAGAUUGAGCUACAUAAGCGGAUAUGGUUGCACAAUGAGUUCCACUUUGACAACGUUUUUUCAGCCAUGAUGUCUCUCUUCACUGUAUCUACCUUUGAGGGAUGGCCUCAGCUGCUGUACAAAGCAAUUGAUAGCCACACUGAGGAGAUGGGCCCCAUAUACAACCAUCGCAUGGGCAUUGCUAUUUUCUUCAUCAUCUAUCUCAUCCUCAUAGCCUUCUUCAUGAUGAACAUCUUUGUAGGUUUUGUCAUUGUAACCUUCCAGGAACAGGGUGAAACAGAAUACAAAGACUGUGAGCUGGACAAGAACCAGCGCCAAUGUGUCCAGUAUGCACUGAAAGCACGCCCUCUGAGAUGUUACAUCCCAAAAAAUCCCUACCAAUACCAAAUAUGGUAUCUGGUGACCUCUUCCUACUUUGAGUACCUCAUGUUCUUCUUGAUCACACUGAACACCAUCUGCUUGGGCAUGCAGCAUUAUAAUCAAUCAGAGACAAUGAACCAAGUCUCAGAUGUCCUCAAUGUGGUCUUCACCCUCCUCUUUACUGUGGAGAUGAUCCUUAAACUUAUAGCCUUCAAAGCUAAGGGCUACUUUGGAGACCCUUGGAACGUCUUUGAUUUCCUUAUAGUCAUCGGCAGCAUAAUUGAUGUCAUCUUGAGUCAGAUUGAUACUGUUCUUGCUUCCAGUGGUGGAUUGUACUGCCUAAGCGGUGGCUGUAAUGGCGUUCCUCCUACCCCAGCUAAUGAAGAAAGUGGUCGAGUCUCAAUCACCUUUUUCCGGCUUUUCCGUGUCCUACGGCUGGUAAAACUGCUGAGCCGAGGAGAAGGAAUUAGAAACUUGCUCUGGACCUUUAUCAAGUCCUUCCAGGCUCUGCCUCAUGUGGCCUUGCUGAUUGUAAUGCUGUUCUUUAUCUAUGCUGUAAUCGGGAUGCAGAUGUUUGGGAAAAUUGCUCUGGUGGAUGGAACCCAAAUAAAUCGGAACAACCACUUUCAGACUUUCCCACAAGCGGUACUACUGCUGUUCAGGUGUGCAACAGGUGAGGCCUGGCAGGAGAUCUUACUGGCUGCCAGCUAUGGGAAGCGGUGUGACCCCGAGUCUGAAUAUGCCCCUGGGGAAGAAAACACUUGUGGCACAGGCUUUGCUUAUUUCUACUUCAUCAGCUUCUACAUGCUAUGUGCAUUCCUGAUUAUCAACCUCUUUGUUGCCGUCAUCAUGGACAACUUUGACUACCUCACACGGGAUUGGUCCAUAUUAGGCCCACAUCACCUGGAUGAAUUCAAGAAAAUCUGGGCGGAAUAUGACCCUGAAGCCAAGGGGCGCAUCAAACAUCUAGAUGUGGUAACUCUAUUGAGACGAAUCCAACCUCCCCUGGGCUUUGGGAAGUUUUGUCCACAUCGUGUGGCUUGCAAGCGCCUGGUGGGCAUGAAUAUGCCCUUGAAUAGUGAUGGUACAGUCACUUUCAAUGCAACACUCUUUGCUUUAGUGAGAACGGCUCUCAAGAUCAAGACCGAAGGUAACUUUGAGCAAGCCAAUGAAGAACUGAGGAUGAUUAUUAAAAAAAUCUGGAAGAGAACCAGCAUGAAGCUCCUGGAUCAAGUCAUUCCACCAAUUGGAGAUGAUGAGGUGACUGUGGGAAAGUUCUAUGCUACCUUCCUCAUCCAGGAACACUUCAGGAAAUUCAUAAAGCGUCAGGAAGAGUAUUAUGGGUACCGGCCCAAGAAGAAUGCUGUCGAAAUCCAGGCUGGCCUGAGGACCAUUGAAGAGGAAGCUGCUCCUGAGAUCCAUAGAGCAAUCUCUGGAGAUCUGACUGCAGAGGAGGAGCUCGAGAGAGCCAUGGUGGAGGCAGCAAUGGAGGAAGGCAUCUAUAGGAGGACAGGAGGUUUGUUUGGCCACGUUGACACCUUCAUGGAACCCAGCAGUCCCCUACCACCUCAUAUGGCCAACCAGAGGCCUCUACAAUUCACAGAAGUGGGGAGUGAAGAUUUAGACUCCCCCGUCUUCCUUGAUGACUUCCCACCGGAAGGGCACUCCAAUGUGAACAACAGCAACAAUGUGAACAACAGCAACAGCAAUGUUGACAACAAUGCAACAGCAUGGAUGACAUAUGAGAAUGAAAUAAAGAAAACCAGGCUGCCACCAUCUCAUAAGCUACCUGUUCUAGACAAAGAAUGCUUUAUUGGAACUGAAAAGCAACAAAGGAAUAUGAGCAAGGUGCCAGCACACGGUGACAAGAGCUGUUUGGAACUACAGUUGCCCAAAAAGAAGCCCAUUGUCUCCCAACGAAAGCCAAAUGAUGGUGAAGUGUUGCCGUCUAGGAGCAGCAGUGAAGGAACCCCAUCAGGGAACAGUGAAGAAGUUUCUACCCCAGCCACUAUCCAGCUCGUCCAGGAGGCUCUGGCCUCUGGUGGGCUCAGCUCCCUAGCUAAAGACUGUUCUUUCCUGAAACUGGCAAGAGAUGAAAUGGCUGCUGCCUUCCAGAUGCAGGUGACCGAGGUAGAGGAAGUUGCUGCCACACUGUUGAAGCAAAGGGAAAACUCACCUAUAUCCAUGGAGGCCAUCGCAGAUACCAGACUAUGAGAUAUUGCCUCCAGCUGUUUUUCCAGCAGCACUGCUGUACAGUGCCAAUCAUUUCUCUGCUUGUCAGGUGAUUACCAUGAAAACUUUGCAGUACCUUCUCGCAGUGACCCCUGACUGGUUGCUGUCUGCUACAUGACAGAAAGGUGGAAGAGACUGCAGAGGAAAAAAUAUUUUCCUUGGCUGUCCAAAGAUGACAACGACAAAUAUUUAUAUACCGCUUUUCAACAAAAGUUCCCAAAGCGGUUUACAUAGAUAUAAGUAAAUAAACAAAAUGGCUCCCUGUCCCCAAAGGGCUCACAAUCUAAAAAUUAGAUUGAGAUAUUAGGAAUGGGAAUUCAGGGUGUUUCACACAUGUGGAAAUGGGAUUUCUCAGCAGGGUCUUCCUAUGACUUUCAUGAGAUCUGCAGCAUGUGAGCUAGCCAGAUCAUUAAAUAUUCCAAUGUUUGAUAUCAAAGUUCCCUCCUAACGCAUUUUGGGGAAACAUCUUGAAAACUACCUGCUGAUGAAAUUGUUUUGAAGACAAAUAAAAGUGAUAAAACAGCAACUUGUAAUAAACUGAAAGUACUAAAAAAAA